UUAUGAAUUUAAGGAGUUUCAGCAUUCUUUGCUCGAGAAAUAAUUGGUAUGUAAAACUGUCAAUCCUUUUAUAAAUAACGGCGCAUUUAAGUACCUAUACGGACAUUAUUUUUUUAUGUUACGGAAUCUAUCAACCCGGUGGCACGUUUCUCGUCGUCACGUUUUUGCCACCGGUGUAACAUUUUCUAUAGUAUUAGCUAGCUACUAGUGUUGCUAAAGAGAAAUCAUUCAAUACAUUUUUUGAAAUCCAACAAACAUUGCCCGAGUGCUCGGAGAAGCUUGGAAGUUUCCGAGUAUGCAAUUCGCACUUUUCAUGCUGCUAUGACUUCCCAAAGUACUGAUUUAAUAAUUACUUGAUCAGUAUCCUGUUCCGGUGGAACCAGAUAUAAAGAGUGGACUCCCCUUUGAUCUCCUUUAGGUACUGGUGUCAAUAAGCUAAGACCAUCUUGCACCAUUUUUAGCUGAAGUUUGACCUUUGCAGGUAGAGGAAUGCCAUGUUUCAUAUUAACAUUCUUCAUGGCUGUACUGGUAUCCCCCUGCGUUCUCCAACUCUUGUGCCAUCACAAAGCAGCUCGUCCACCAUCCAGCGUAUGCAUGCAUCGAGUCGAUUGUCAAGACUGACAUCCAUAGAAACCGCCAUGGGUCAUCAACAGGAAAGCACACCACAUUUUAAUAACUGACGAACUAACUAUGUGUACAAUAAAUGGAGACCGCCAUGCAUCUUCAACCGGAAGACAAACCACAUUUUAAUAACUUACGCUAUACCAUUACGAAAUAGCAAAUAUUUACAAUGACCAAAACGUAAGUUCUAUUAUCCAUUAUUUUUAAUAAAUAAAUAGUCAUCGUUACCCAAUGGCAGAGCACAUAAAAUAAUAAUAAGUUGCCAAAAAAUAUAUGGCCACGCUAAAAGACUUUAUAAAUGAAUGUCCGUUUUGUCGGCAAAUAAAUAGAAGACAAGACAAUGGGUGCGAAUAUUUGACGAGUGAUCAAAUAAUGUUGUGAUUUCGCGUCCGUCACUUAUUGACAAAACAUGCUGCAGUAUUGUUCAUUUCACAAUACUGCUCCUCUACCACGAUACUCUACCUUGUAAUACUUGUUCCGACAAUAUUUAAUUUUAUAUCUCAUAGAAUUUACUUAAUUAACCGUUUUUCACUUCUAAGCAAUUAAGUACUUAAAUAAUUUACUAUGAAGCAGCAAGAUUCGCCCGCAGUACGCACGAACUAGCCAACAAUAACUGAACUUUGAAAUUUAUUUUUCAGGUGCCCCAUUAUCUUCAUGCAGUUUCAGAAAUUAAAGCAGCAAUAAUCCCUGUUUCUUAUCUACUAUACAUUAAAAAAUUUCGUCGAAAAAUAUUUACACCGUAACAAGUGUCGUGGUAGGCAGGAGUUAGUCAGACUAGUUGCGGUUUUAAAUAAAACAUGGUGUCUGAAGAAAAGUGCAGUCGCUGUUGGUACACGAAGGCUUUAAAAAUUUGCUUCACGUGCUACAGUCGCUUCAUUUGCUGCCACUACGAGUCCACGGAACUAGACUACGAUAAACCACGGCACUAAAUAAAAUAUAAUGUUGAACGGGACCUGGCUGUUGGCCUUCGCCGUGCUUGCAUCGUUUGUCGGGGUUUAUCAGGCCACAACGGGAUGCAAGAAUUGCAUAAACUUGGGGAAAGAGGAGAAGGCGAUGUUCCGCGCACAUUCCAACGCUUGCCUCUCGCAGUCCGGCGUGGAGCCCCGACUUGUGGACACGCUGCUCCACGGAGAACUAGUCGAUGACCCGGCGCUCAAGAGCCACGUCUACUGCGUACUACUCAAGUGCAAAGUCAUCAGCAAGGACGGGAAGUUACAGAAGACGGCGGUGCUUGGCAAGAUAGCGAACAGAGCUGACGGCAAAAAUGCUACAAAGGCAUUAGAAAGCUGUGCUGACCAGAGGGGUGACACGCCCGAAGACCUGGCCUGGAACCUCUUCCGCUGCGGCUAUGAGAAAAAGGCAGUCCUGUUUAACUACAUGCCUACCAGUGACGCCAAAGCCGAACUUGAAAACAACAACAACUAACUACCCUUAAAACUCAUACCUCUAAACUAAAUUCGAAAUAUAUGCUGUCUUACUCGUACGUUUAUGAUUUUAAAUUCAGGCUAAAGGGGUUUAAAAUUAUAAUGUUAAAUUUUAUUACAAUUUUAAACCCCGUUCUAAUCUCAUAUCCCAAUUAUAUAGUCCAAGAGGUGAUCCCAGAAAAAAAUAUUUUAAAUUAAUAUUUACCUUUCUAAUAAUAUAAUAUACUACCUUGUGAACGGUUUGUAUCUCUUUAUA